AUGAGGGGAUCUUCUAACCUAGCCCCUCCGGCCGCCCUCACAGGCGGCGCAAAGAAGAAUUCGCAAGCCAACCCAAAUGGGUCGCAGCCGUCCAAACCACAGCCUCCCCUUAGCUCGCUUCGAAGCCCUCCGCUUGACCUUAAUACGGUUGAACGGCGUGGUGGCCCCAAUGCAUGCCCCGAACCCCCAGCAAAGAAGAAUCGCCCACAUGGCCUGCAAGAGGCUCCAACGUACCGACCGACUGAGGAGGAGUGGAAAGAGCCUUUCGAGUAUAUCAAGAAGAUCGCUCCGGAGGCUCGUCAAUACGGCCUCUGCAAAAUCAUCCCCCCAGACUCAUGGAAUCCCCCUUUUGCAAUCGAUACAGAGAGAUUCCAUUUUCGAACUCGCAAACAGGAAUUGAACUCUGUAGAGGGCAGUACCCGUGCGAACCUUUCGUACCUCGAUGCCUUAGCCAAGUUUCACAAGCAGCAGGGGACUAAUCUCACACGUUGGCCCUAUGUUGACAAGAAGCCCCUCGACCUCUAUCGGCUGAAAAAGGCCGUUGAGGCACGUGGUGGCUUUGAGAAGGUUUGUAAACUCAAAAAGUGGGCUGAAAUUGGUCGCGAUCUUGGUUACAGCGGCAAGAUCAUGUCUUCCUUGUCAACCUCUCUGAAAAAUUCUUACCAGAAGUGGCUUUGUCCGUAUGAGGAGUAUCUUCGGAUGGCUAAGCCUGGCGUCCAUCAACAACUUGAAUUGGAGUAUGGUGGACCUUUGACUCCCAGCCCCGUGCCAACCCCAAUUAAGCGAGCUAGCGCGCAGUCCUCAUCGAGUGCCGACUCGUCUGGCAAGCAGGCUCCGGAUACAGAUGUCAACGCAAAGGACAAGGACCGGGAUGUCAUUAUGACGGAUGCCCCUUCUACUUCGAAUAGCACAUCUGGUUUCACGGCCAUCAAUCGCCCCACUGGCCCUUCGUCUUCCGAAGAUAAGAGUAUUUCAGCUUCGAAGCCGCAAGGCACAUCUGGUGUUAAGCGCCAGCUGAGCUGCGACAGUCAGGAUUCGUCGAAGAGGGAUUCGGGCGACAAGGACGAGGGCGAAAACGGAAGUAGGAGGAGCAAGAGACUCAAGAAGGACACCGUUCCUACUGUUGCUGGGUCCCACAUGUCUCUGUUCCGCACACCGGUGCCCCGAGUUCCCAGAGAUGAAACAGUAGCGCCCGGAGAGCGAUGCGAGCAGUGCGGCAAGGGUGCUGAAGAAGGCUCUCUAAUCCUCAUUUGCGAAUCUUGUGACCACGGCUAUCAUGGCACAUGUCUCGACCCUCCGAUUCGGGUGAAGCCAGAAACCGAGUGGAACUGCCCCCGCUGCCUGGUUGGCGAUGGUCAGUUUGGCUUCGAGGAGGGUGGCCUGUACUCACUGAAGCAAUUCCAGGACAAAGCCAACGAGUUCAAGCAAAGCUACUUUGAGAAGAAAGCCCUUGUCGAUCCCGUUACUGGAGAGCCUCGUCCGGUUACGGAGGACGAUGUUGAGCAGGAAUUUUGGCGCCUCGUUGCCGAUCUGGAGGAGACUGUGGAAGUGGAAUAUGGUGCCGACAUCCACUGCACUACCCACGGCUCUGGAUUUCCUACCAUCGAGAAAUUCCCAGAUAACCCUUACUCUACCGAUCCAUGGAACCUGAACCUGCUCCCGCUGCACCCUGACAGUCUGUUCCGGCAUAUCAAGUCCGAUAUCUCUGGGAUGACCGUUCCCUGGGUUUACGUCGGCAUGAUCUUUUCGACCUUUUGCUGGCACAACGAGGACCACUACUCCUACUCGGCUAAUUACCAGCAUUUUGGCGCCACCAAGACGUGGUAUGGAAUCCCCGGAGACGAUGCAGAGAAGUUCGAAAAGGCCAUGCGUGAGGCGGUCCCCGAGCUCUUCGAGACGCAGCCAGACCUUCUCUUCCAGCUCGUUACCCUACUCACUCCCGAACAGCUCAAAAAGGCUGGUGUCCGUGUCUAUGCUCUUGACCAACGAGCUGGUCAAUUCGUGAUCACUUUCCCUCAAGCCUAUCAUGCCGGCUUUAACCACGGAUUCAAUUUCAACGAGGCGGUCAAUUUCGCCCCUGCGGACUGGGAGCCAUAUGGCUUGGCAGGUGUCGAGAGGCUGCAGCUGUUCCGGCGCCAGCCUUGCUUCUCUCACGACGAGCUCCUGUGGACUGCAGCCGAGGGGAUCACUAGCGGCGGGCUCAGCAUCCAAACCGCUAAGUGGCUUGCGCCUGCGCUGGAAAGGAUUCACAAACGAGAGCUUGAUCAACGGGAGGAUUUUAUCGCUAAGCACGAUUUUAUCGCCAAGCAUCUCGAUGCGAAACAUCCAGCCCAGCACCACCGUUGUGUCUUCAACGGAGAGGGCAAUGAUGAAUGUCCGAUGACAUUCAGAGUCGAUGAUGCUGAUGUUCCAGAGGAGGAGUAUGGGUGCUUUUACUGUAAGGCCUUCACCUACCUCUCCAGAUUUAUCUGUCUCAAGACCGGCAAGGUGCUUUGUCUCCUCCACGCUGGCAACCAUCCGUGCUGCGAUUUACAAGAGUCGGAUCGGUACCUUGGCAAGGAACACGCACUCUACUACCGCAAAUCUAAUGAAGCCAUCCACAUGAUGACAAAGAAGGUGUCCGACAAGGCUCGCGUUCCCGAGACCUGGGAGGAGAAGUAUGAAAAACUCUUGGAUGAAGAGGCGACCCCGUCGCUGAAGGCACUGCGCAAUCUCCUCAGCGAGGGCGAGAAGAUCCCUUGGGAGCUUCCAUCCUUGCCUGUUCUCAGGUCUUUCGUUGAACGCUGCAACCAUUGGGUCGAGGAGGCAUCAUUUUAUACCGUACGCAAGCAGCAAAACCGCCGCAAGAACGAGAAGGCUUGGCAAUCUGGGGCUCGGAAGUCUGUUGGCAGUGCAGUGCAAGAUCAAAAAGAGCGGGAGAUGCGCAACCUUGCCAACAUCGACCGUCUUCUUCAUGAGGCCGAAUUGCUCGGGUUUGAUACAACAGAGAUCGGACAGCUUCGGGAACGUGCUGAAGCUAUCAAGACCUUUCGUGAGGUGGCUCGGCAGCUCCUUGAACACCGCCCAUCGCAUUCCAUCCCUGCCGUCGAAAAGCUGCUGGAAGAGGGCCAGAGUUUCAACGUCGACAUUCCUGAAGUAGAGAAGCUUUCACAUCUCCUUGAUCAACUUCAGUGGAACGAAAAGGCCAGCAGCAGGAGAGGCACCUUUAUGACCCUCCAGGAGGUAAGAGAGCUUAUCGAAGAGGGUCGUCGACUUAAUAUUCCCCCAUACAACGACCACCUUGCAUUCUAUGGCGAGCAAUAUAAUGCUGGUUACAUGUGGGACAAGAAGGUUCAGGAGAUCAUCAAUGCCGAGUCGAUCCAUUAUCCCCAGCUCCAAGCCCUUGCGGAUCAGGUGCGGAGCAAUAACUGGCCUGUGUCACCAGAAAUCAUGGAACGCGUGGAUCAGAUUCUUCACAAACAACGCGAGGCUCAUCGCCAGGUCAUGGACCUGAACCAGCGCUGCCAAGACCCUGACUACCGAAAGAGGCCAAGAUACUCUGAAGUUGUUGAGGUGAUGAAAAAAAUCGAAGAGCUGCAAGCCAAACCUGCGGGUACCCAUGAACUCGAGAAGGAGCAAAAAAGGCAUGAAGAUUGGAUGCGCAAAGGGAAGAAGCUCUUUGGCAAGACUAAUGCCCCGCUUCACAUCCUCAAGAGCCAUAUGGACUACGUCCUCGACCGAAACCUUGACUGCUUCGACAUCGAACACGACAAGCCGCGUGUUCCAGCGGAGCCUGCAUCCAGGGAGCCGAGCCCAGAUGGAGAGAAGGGACGCUUCGAGGACAAAUUCCGUGAAGUGUUCUGCAUCUGUCGUCGGACAGAGGCAGGUAUGAUGAUUGAAUGUGAACUCUGCCAUGAAUGGUAUCAUGGCAAGUGUCUCAAGAUUGCCCGCGGCAAGGUCAAGGAGGACGACAAAUACACCUGCCCAAUUUGCGACUGGCGCGUCAAGAUUCCCCGUGAUGCCGCUCGCCCUAAGCUGGAAGAUCUUAUGGCUUGGCGGGACGAAAUCCCGACCCUGCCAUUCCGGCCUGAGGAAGAGGAAGUCUUGAACAAAAUCAUCGAAAACGCCUCCGCCUUCCGCCAUCAUAUUGCUCGGUAUUGCAACCCACUUGUGACGACACCAUCCGAGGUUGACACCCAGAGAUUCUAUCUUCGGAAGAUUGAAGGUGCUGAGAUCUUGUUGGCGUACGAAACCAACUUCUUCCGGCAAGAGCUGCACAAGUGGAGCCCCGUCGCUCCCGAGCCGCCGCCAAUUCUGGAGGUAUCGAAGAGCACUCGCAAGCCGCGGCCGACGAAGCUGCAGAAGAUGCUUGCCCAAUAUGGCGUGACUGACAUUGACGAACUCCCCGAGAGUGUGAGGGGCAAAGCAAGCAGUCUCAAGCGCAAAGCACUCAUGCAUGCUGAGAACGAGGCUAAUCAGUCUGGGAGCUCAAGUUCGAUGUCAAUGCUGGGAAGCUCCAGCUAUGGUCAGCAUCCUUAUUUCACGCACAACCCAUCUGCCCAAGCGGGAAGCUCCAGUAUCUCGCAGAUAUCUCAAUCUAGCCCCGCUAAUAAAUCAGGCGAGUCAUCAGCUUCGUCCCACAACCAGCAACUCGGCGGGGGAGCUCGGCCCGAGCCAGGCUCUUCCUCGUCUCUCCUCCGUCCCGACUCCACUACGACCCACCCCUCCUCGUUCAACCCUCAUGAUGACCAUGCAGGCCCGCAGCUUGUCUCUUCUGGCGACCUGAUGCAUGAGCUCGAGGAACGACUUCUCCGCGGCGCUUUCGAUGACAUUGACGAAAAACUCAGCGCUGCCCUGUCUACGCCCGCAGGAAAGGCACGUGUAUUGGAGAUCCUCUCGCGCACCGAGGAAGGCCGUCGUCGGGCCGAGGAAUUGUUUGGCCACGAUGUCUGGGCCAGCGACCGCAACAGCGACCAUCAUCGAGCUGCCGACCGGCCCGCAGUAGCGCCAAUGAGUCGGGAUAAUGACCCGAUCGGGAUUGGCGUGGGUGCCAACGAAGGUGAUGGCGACGACAGCAUGUUUGUGGAUUUCAAUCAAGAAGAUGAAGAUGAAAAAAAGACCAGGGAGAACAGUGAACAACAUAAUUGUCAAGAGCAUGAUCAGGACCAGCAAGCGCUGGCGGUGGCUAACGAAGCAGCUGCCACGUCGACAGCUAGGGAGAUGCUGGAUGAGCAUCAUCGCGGCUCUGAGGCAGCUGCAUUGAUGGAUGCGGCUUCUUCUGGGAAGGAGUAG